AGAGACUUUACCGGCAGCGUCUGCAAAUGGGCGUAGUCAACGUAGUUCCCGGCUACAAAUGGGCGCAGAUGACGUUAAAAUCAGUCGUGAAAAUUCAUGUCGGCCAAAACGCCGGCGUGGUCGCUUUCAAGCUUCUCUCUGGCUAGGUCUCUAGCUCCUGUAUACCCUUAAUGCUUUCUUACCGACAAUUCGUGCAGUUAUUAUUCUGCGGCGAAUAUGAUUAUUGACAGCUUAAGGUGUCAGCGUUAGACAAUUAUUUGCUUUUCUACUAGUGUAUUGUUAAGAUAAUGUCAGUAUUAUAAAUACGUAACAAUGUGUAAUGGUUAAUUCAAUAGAAAGGUUAAGUGAUGUAGAAUAGUGCAUCUUUAUAGGAAAGAUAAACAGGAACUACGAUGUAUCGAUCCCACAAUUUUUUGCACUUUAUUCGAAAUACAAGUCGAAAUCAUGUCGAUCAUCUAUGUGUAUUGCAGAUUGGUUUAAUUAAAAGAUGUGCUAGUAUUUUUAUAAUACCAAAACAUGGCACUCAAUAUAAAAUGUACAAUUUUACUAGUCUUCAGAAGAUUUUUAUUAAUAGAAAGAUAGAUAAACAUGAUAAUUGGAUCAAUAUGACAAGGUUUUUAUCUGAUGAUGCAAAAACUAAGAAAGAUAAAUCUGAAAAAAUAUUAGUUGAAGAUUCUCAACAGAGAAUAAUAGAAUUAGAUAAAGAGAAACUAGGUAAAUUAAAAGAAAGAGUAUUAGAUAUAGAACCAGUUAAUCCUAUUGAUAAAACAGAAGAAAUAAGAGAAACAGCAAAACUUACAGAAAAGCACUUUACAGAAUCCAAAGAAUCAUCAAAAAAUGAUAUUACAUUAAAGAAAGCAAAGAAAAGAAUCAAAGUUGAUAAAUCAACAUCCUCUUUGGAACGUAACUUUAUUACACCUGUAAGAGCUAUGUCAGAUUUUUUAUUGAAGCCCACUGAUUUAGAAACUUUACCAAAAACAAAAAGACGUUCUCCAUAUGAGCUUGAACCACCUAUUACUGUUUACUGGAGGAAAGAUGUUGAAGCUAAAGCUUUAGAAGUAUGGGGAUCACGAGAGGUUUUGUUGAAAGAACGUUUGAAGAAAGAAGUUGAACGAAAAAUCUAUCAACAAAAUGUUUUUACCGUCAAACGAAGAUUGAGGGAUUACAGGCGAGAGAUUGGUAGCAAAACAGAAAUAAUACAAAAGGAAGGUCUUUUUGGAAGAUCUGGUAAAGUAGUAUUGACUGCUAUAGCAAUAAAUGCCAGUAAUUUUUUAUGCAAAUUAAUUGCCUGGUUAUAUACUGGUUCGCAUAGUAUGUUCUCCGAGUGUGUGCAUUCUGCAGCAGAUACUUGUAAUCAACUGAUUCUUGCAUAUGGUAUCCACAAAUCGGUGCAGAAUCCCAAUCCUGAUCAUCCGUACGGUUAUACAAACAUGAAGUACGUUUCCUCAUUAAUAUCAGGUGUAGGUAUUUUCUGUGUCGGCACAGGCCUGUCCAUAUAUCACGGGAUUCACGGACUCCUAUUUCCUGCGCCAUUAGAUUCCUUUUUUUGGGCAUAUUUUGUUUUGGGUGGAUCUUUGUUAUCUGAAGGAGCGACGUUGAUGAUAGCAUUGCAUUCUAUAAGAAAGGGUGCAGAAGAGAAAAAAGAAAGUUUCAAGCAGUACGUUUUGGAAGGACAGGAUCCGUCUGUGAAUGUCGUACUCAUGGAGGAUUUUGCAGCUGUACUCGGAGUUGUUGCUGCAGCUGGAUGUAUGGGGUUGACUUCUUAUCUAGGAAAUCCGAUGUUUGAUGCUAUUGGAUCACUUAUCGUUGGCGGCCUUCUUGGUGGAGUGGCGUCUUUUAUUAUUUAUUCGAACGUCGCCGCACUUGUGGGGAGAAGUAUAUCGCAAGAGAAUCUCGAUAAGAUUAAUGCUGAGUUAGAAGCGGAUAUAAUGGUCCGUGCCAUACACGAUGUGAAAGGCAUCGAUAUGGGUAAUAACCUAGUGAGAUAUAAAGCCGAAUUGGAUUUCGAUGGACGAGAACUGACAAGAUCUUACUUAGAUAAGCAUGAUCUUAUUACGAUGUUGGAGGAAGUAAAGAGUAUGCAGAAUAUUGAUGAAUUAGAAUCGUUUUUAUUGAGACAUGGUGAAAAUAUUGUAGAUAUGCUUGGUGGAGAAAUUGAUAGAAUAGAAUUAAAGUUAAAAAAAAAUCAUCCAGAGAUACGACAUUGUGAUUUAGAAAUUCUAUAAAUGUAUACCAACAUGAUUGAUGAAAAUUAAAUGGAAAUGGAUGUAAAAUAUUUAUCUUAAUUU